AUGGACCUUGCCGCUCCGCCAGAGAGCGUUCACCCAACGCUUCAAGCUGCCAGAGAUGUGAUCAAAGCUUUCUCGAAGGAACACAGAUACGCGCUAAGUAACAAAGGCACAAAGUCCACUAAAAAGGGUGUGCCGAAGAAGCUACGCCUCCGCUGCGACAGAGCGGGCACCCACAUCUCCAAUGCCCACGUCCGCAACACAGGCACAUGGAGGACUAACUAUUCCUUUCAACUCGUCGUUCGCCGCCAGGAGAAUACUCACCCAUAUUACCGCAAGAUAACUGCCGAGCAGCAGCAGCAGAUUAAUACUCUCGGUGCUACUAGUCGCCCUAGACAGAUCCGUGCUCAAUUAUUAAGCGAAGACCCGAACAGUUUAAUAACUAGCUCUAAUAUUAAGAACCACCAGGCAAAGAUAAGACGACUACGCCUUGAUAGCCUCACUACUACACAACGAAUAGCUAAGGACCUCGAAGAAGACCCUAAUUAG